CUCCUGUACUUCAACAAAUUCCUCGUAUGUGAAUCCUUUCUGUCUGGGUUUGACUGCUUCCAUGUUUAUAGUAAUUAUGACAAAUGAUCUACGAUUUUGAGUUUUCUUUGAUAAAUCAUAAUUAGCAAUUAAGGAUGGAAAUGGAGCAAGACAAUGUUGAGACAAUCAAAGGUACAUGCCGCAUUUAGCCAUGUAUUUAUGCAUGUUUGCUAAUGCUUUCAAAGGAUUAUUUAAUGCAGCAUAGAAAUGCUUUAGGAAAUAUUAUAUAGGUGUGUGUUGUAGGUACAUGCAAGGUUUUGAGGCAGUUUGCCUGCAGAUGCUGAAUUUGUCACUGAACUUACACAACUGCACAACUAGUCUUCAGCUAGCUUCCACGGAAUGAUUUUUAUUGCAUAUUUGCCUUCUAGUCACUUCCUGAUAGUUAUGUUCACAGUUUGGUAUGUUCACAGUACCAAAAGAUUGCCACUCAUCAUUACAUUAUACUGUUUUUAGCAGCAGACAGGUAACUUAUAACAGAAAAGGGAUAUAUUCAAUGCUUUAUAUAAAAAAAUAGAAUGGAAAGUAAUAACCUGGUGUCAUCUUAAACAGUGCUUUAUCUUAAAAAUAAAAUAUGCUUCUGGGUAAUAAAUAGAAUGCUAUGAAAUGAUAAUGCCAUAUUAUUAGGGUAAAGCAGCUGACGGUUUGUUUUUCUUUUCUGAUGUAUUGAAGGUGAUUUGUGUGUGCCACGUAGAGAUAAGAAGCAUGGCAGGAAAUAAGAUUGAAGACCCAACUCUGCCGACUGAGCAGCACGAGCCUGGUAGGAUUGGCAUCAUCAUCCAGCUAACAGGCACAAAAGGUGAAUGGGACAGUCUCAAAGAUGGUGAUCUUUCAGUCACACUUGACAGGAAUAACCAGAAUUUCCUCCAGCCCAAGCCAUCCUCCAAUGAAAAGCAGACAGAUAAAGACAAAGACUGGGAUCUCCACUCUCCAGUGUUUCAUGUUCCUGUGUCCCCAUCUUCACCAAGCUCUCUUGGGGCCUGCUCAUCCUCCAGGCGGGGUUUCCUUUCCCCCUCUCAUCAGCCUCUGGCUAGCCUGGUAAAGUCUCUUUCCACAGAGCUGGAAUUAAAAUGCACUUCAUCACUCAAGCCCAGACCUUUCAUCAGCUUGGUGAAGUCCAUCUCCACUGAGCUUUCUCGCAGCAAUCCUGAGGUGUCCCAAUCCAAGUCAGACUCUAAGCUCAGCCUGAACCUGUGGACCCAGCUGACACAAACUAAAGGCCAUAUUGGAGCCUCUCACACUGCUCCUCCAUCUCCUGUUGAUCUUUCACCAACUGAUGCUAAAACAAGCUUUUUUAAAAUGGAGCUAGAAGACACUUGUCGUAAGCUUACUGAGGCCAUGCACGAGCCUCUCAGUGUGUUCAGUAAGAUCAUGCGUGAGGACAGCACGGGCAAGCUUAAGCACCAAAAGAGCACAGGUUCCAUUGAUUCUUUCUACUCUAAAGAGUCUGGAAGUUCAAGUGGUGAACUUUCAGAGACUGAGAGUCCUAGGACAAGCUAUAAAUUAGAAUGUGGGGGACUGGCCAUGUCUACUCAGCCUGUGAGGCUCAAUAGGAAAUGCAUUCACUGCAGAAAAUACCAUUUCCAUGGUAAACUCAACAAAUUGGGAGCUGAAGAGCCCUUUGUGAUCUUCAAACAUGAAGAUGGUAUAAAUUUGACAAAUAAAAGUGAUCUGGCAGUCACGCAUGCAUCAGAGCAGCCCUGUUCCCAAGUCCCGGGGAUGGGUCUCAGCUGCGUUGCUGUUUUAUCAUACUGCUUUUUCAUCUUGCCUGUGUCCCCUUAUUGGUCUGGAAUGAUUUUUGGCUUGGCAUUUGGCUUCAUGCUGGGGCUCCACCUUAUUCAAUUAGAAUUGACCAGACAUCACUAUUCUCUUCACUCAGAAAGGUUUAAUCAGACCACACAUGACUGUAUUCAUGGUGAGAGCAAAAUCAACACACUUAAGGGCUGGAUUAAUGAGAUGUAUUCCUAUGAUCCAGAAACAUACCACCCUUCUCUUAUGCACUCUGUGUAUGCGACACUGGAGGGGCCAUGUAUUCAGUUAGACUAUCCCUGCAGCAACAAUCCCCAGUGGGCCACCUUUAAUGAGCUAUGUUAUGAUCAAAGCUUCACCCACUCUCGUAGGUUUCGCCUGGACGGCAGCAAGGUAUUCCUGUUGCCCCCUACCCUGGCACAGAAGAGACUGUGGAACAGAAAGUAUCCCAUAUGCAUCACUGCAGCAAGUUCAGAGGAAAUUACAGAGGAUCAACAGGAUGCACAUUUUAAUGAGAAAUCAUUCCUUUCACUAUCUAAAGCCAAUCGCAGCAGCACACUCUACCUCUUUGCCAGAACAGGCAGGGAGAAAGAGCAGUGGUUCCAUCACCUUCGUGCAGCAUCCUUGUACAGAAAUGAUGGCCAGAAUCAAUCUGAUAUCCCGGUAUCACAAGAGGUAAAAUCUUCUAAAUAAGUGCAGGUUUCUGGAAGCACUGAAAAUAUCUCAUCUAUGUCUAGCUAUGACUACACCACCUACAUGACUGAUCUAAUCUCUUCAGUUCAAGGAACAUCUUCAUUUUGCUUCUGCCAUAACAGCAGGCAAACCGAAAAAGAUCCAAUUAAAGCCGGCAUGCUGCAUUUGAACACAGUUAAGAAACUAUUAUGCCAAUACAACCAAAGAAAUCAAGCAAAUGCAUUUCAUCACGGCGAAGGAAUGCAGCCUGUCUGGAUUAAUGCCCUGAUUGGUUGUAUCUUCUAGGAUUUUCUCUGUGAGAAGCACUGGUCUGAUCAAGUUGCCCACAAUAUUCAGUGCAAGCUGAGCAAAAUAAGAGUAAGCCACAAAUAUCACCAAAAAAAGAUUCACAUCAAAAUAAAUCAAUGUCCAGAUCUGUUCUCUGAGAAAGAGACUAGAAUAUUCUCUGUGAAAAAGAAUGGCCUUUUCUCUAUAUUAGGUCUGUGGCUCCAGUUGAAUACUGAGUAUACAGGAGUCCUGCAGAUGAGAUUAGAGACAAAAAUUAAGCUGUCAAAACUGGACAAAGAAGAAGCACCUAAAGUGCUCCUGAAAGUGAUGCAGACCUACCAUAAAAUAUUAUUGUCUGGCUUUCUGGACCAAUCUCAUGUACUGGCUGACAUUGAUGAGGUAUCCUCAAGUGCAGGAUCAUCUGAUGAAGAUUAAGUUCCAUCCACCAAGCCUCAGAAAACUCGGGUAGAGAGGGACACUAGUUCUGGUGCUGAGAACUGUCGAACAUCUCUAACUUCUCCUCUUUCCAGCAGUUUAUCUAAAGGCAGGAGUGUUUUGAGAGUUGUCGACAAAAUUGCUAAAUCCAUAUACUUCCAGAAGGCUACAGAAAAUGAGUACAUCAAAAAGAAGAUUGAGGAAAUGUCAAACAUGCCUCUGCUGCUCAUUGUUGAGGUUAAAGACCUUAUUGGAGAACUUGUCAAUUUUCCACCCCCUACGGAGAGAAUAUGGUACAGUUUCUGUGUGCCUCCAAAGCGUGACAUACAAGUUUAUCCCAACGUGGGGAUGGAAGUGACUUUCUGUCAUGUCACUGAAUGGAUUGAGAAAAAACUUGAAGAUGAGUUUCAGAAAGUGUUUGUGUUUCCAAACAUGUAUGAUAUUUUUUCUCCAAUAAUGCACUCAGCUUUCGAGAGCCAACCAGAGCAUCUGACACAUCCAUCACACUUUUCUGCUCUGGGCUCCAGUGAGACCUGGAUCCUGAACCAUUCUUUUCCUGCAGAAUAGUGCCUCUUUGUGGCCAUUUUUGAACCAAUUUUUUUAACCACCGUGCAUUUGGUAGGUGUAU